UGAUCGGGGGUAAUCAGCUGUUCGCCCAGUGUCAUGUCAAUUCGUGGUGAUCUGAAAUCUGUUAAAUGUCAAUUUAAACAUUUCUUAAAAGAAGACGGGCUGGGAGAGUGAGUGAAUUCCUAGUUUAAAAAAUUCAACUAUUUUAAGUCGAUCGAAACCAUAACUCAAAGUAUUGGCAAAAUGUCCCCUGCGUUGCUGGCAAAUGAGGAACGGUGUCUCGGUGGGAUGACUUUCUUUGCGCAGAGCCAUCCCAUAGAACUCUGCGGCAGCAAUGGACUCCCUUUAACUCCAAACUCGAUAACCAUAUAUGGAAAGUCUCAGUUUUUAAAUACGAUUGCUCAUCCUAAUCUCUCGACUUACCUGGACAUCAUCAGAAGCAAGCAUGAGAGAACCGUGGUAGUCGCAGAAUACAGUGGUGUAACGUUGAGGAGUAAGGACGCUUUGCCAUCCGAGGAAGUCGUGAGAAUUGCAUAUCAAUGUCUCCUUGGCUUACAGCAUAUGCACGAGUUGGGUCUCGUUCAUCGACAUCUGAGUCCAGACAAUAUUCUAAUUAAAAAGGACGGAAAUGUUCAGCUCUACAAUUAUGGUUUAUAUUAUAUGACAGACAGUGGGAGAAACGUAUCGUUCCCUAUCAGUUAUCCAAAAUAUACUGCACCAGAAGUAUUUCUUAGUACCGGAGUAAGUGGCAUUAAGGUUGAUUCUUGGUCAUUGGGUAUAAUAAUUGCAGAAUGCCUUUUGAAGCGUCCUAUAUGGCCAGGUAUUAAGUUGUCGCAGUGUUUGAGAAAGGUUCUGAGUCUCCUACAUUCGGAAACAACCAUUUUUGAACGGUUGGCCAGGGAAAAUAAUUGCUUUGAAACGUAUCAAGCUUUAUCGCAAGACAUAAAAGACUUCGUAAAUGCCUGCCUUCAAAUACAUCCAUCAAAACGUAGCACCGUGGACGAAUUGCUGCAAUUGCCAUUAUUUGAAAACUUUUUGAAGAAGGAUGCAAAGGAGAAAGAAGCUAACUUAUAUAAACAUGUCAUUGUGAGGAAAAUGGAUGAACUCUAUUAUCUUUGGCAGCUAGCCGGGGGAGACAUAACGAUUGAAUUAAAGAAACAAGGGCUCAUUAGGUCAAGACCACCCAUUCUGUCGAUACCAAAUUUAGUAAUACUGUUGGGCCAGAUGUUUGGACGUCGAGACACGGCUGGUUUACUUGACCUAAGAGUAGUAAAAGUUUCUCUCGAUACAUUGAAGCAACGAUUGUCUCACAUACCAUACAUAGCAAAUUACCCUAGAUUGACAAAUCAAAUGGAAGUACACCCACAAGAUGACAUAAAUAAUGCAGCUUCUAAGCUGCCUCUAAUCAUCCGAGAGAGAGAUACCGAGUACCAAUUUUACAGGAUUGUUCUCUACGACAGAUUAUUACAGGUUUACCCAAUUUCAAGAAAGGCAAUUAUAAGAGAAGCUCAUAAGGAUAUCCCUCCACCGGUGCGAGGUGCAGUAUGGGCUGCGUUGCUCGGAGUCAAGGGUGACAUUCAAAGACGAUACGAGAUGAUCGAUAAGGAAACUCCAACACACACCGACAGACAGAUCGAAGUCGACAUCCCAAGAUGUCAUCAGUACAGCGAACUACUGUCAUCAGGUGCUGGACACGAAAGAUUACAAAGACUGCUGAAAGCCUGGGUCAGAGACAAUCCACAUUAUGUAUAUUGGCAAGGUCUUGAUUCGCUCACAGCUCCAUUCCUUUAUCUCAACUUUAAUAACGAAGCUCGUGCCUUCGCUUGCCUUUCGGAAUUCAUUCCCAAAUAUCUGCACAAAUUCUUCCUAAAGGACAACUCUGCUGUUAUUCAAGAAUAUUUAGGGAAAUUCUCUCAAAUCAUUGCCUUCCACGAUCCACAAUUAGCCAAUCAUCUGAAGUCCAUAAACUUCGUUCCUGAGCUAUUCGCCAUACCAUGGUUCCUAACUAUGUUUUCACAUGUGUUUCCGCUUCACAAGAUACUCCACUUAUGGGACAAGCUUCUCUUAGGAGAUUCCUCGUUCCCCCUUUUCGUCGGCCUAGCAAUUCUGAGGCAACUACGAGACUCUUUAUUGACGUCUGGUUUCAACGAAUGCAUUCUACUCUUCUCUGAUCUUCCCGAAAUAGACAUAGAACUCUGCGUCAAGGACUCCAUGACGAUGUAUCAAAAGACUCCUGGAAGCAUCGCAUAUCGAAAGCACCAGUUCGAUCAAUCCAAGGCGAUCAACUGGCUGGAACACGAGCCUGGGACUGAAAAGAUGCCUCGAAUCAGUAUCGAAGAUUUUUUGCAAGUCUUGAAUAGCAAUCCUGACAGCGUCAUUGUAGUUGACAUACGUAACAACAUACAGUAUGUAUUUUUAAUUAUUUAAGGUGAAGUGAAACAAGUCGAGAAACUUAAUCGACGUCGGUAAAAAAAUCUUC